AUGUCUUCUCCCACAUCCCCUACAUCUCCCAUAUCCCCUCUUACGCCUGUUUCUCCGGGUUCCCCUCCCCCGAUGCAGGAAUUGUCUAGAACGUCGAUUACCAUUACACGUCCACUAGCUAGUGUACCUGAAGAUAAACGCGUAGCCAAUGUCAAGAGGCAGUCAUGGAUGACUCACAAGUCGCGUUGGUCUGUUGCUUCGUUUUCAUCCAUCACGUCCUCGACCCCUCUCUCCUGGGGCCGCCCAAGAGGUUUGUCAACUACCGAUCCCGAAAAGGCCGCGCAAAUAUGCCAGCAGAGCAUCGACAAAGCCAUCCAGGAUGACAUAGCGGCUACAGAGCCUGAAGAACGCAACUACCACCGGCAAUCCCCAUACUGGCUUUUCACAAUGAUUUGGGCCCACCAGAUUUGGUGGAUCAUCACUGCAUUAUGCAACAUCCCCGUCUACUUGCGACUGGCCGCUCUUCCAUCUGGUCCGGAGCGUUUGAGCCUCGUCGCGGAUGCUUCGCUUAUUAAUCUCACCAUUGUGGUACUCGUUCGAAAUGAACUGCUUCUUGCUGGUCUUUACUGGUCUUUCAACUACGUUCCAUUCCGGAGGUUCUACUUCCAUCGCAUGAUUCAUUCCAUAGGAGGUUUGCACGUUGGGUGUGCGUUUGCAACCUUCCUGUGGAUCAUCUUCUACGUCGUAGAGUUGGGCAAGAACACCCCUUUCAAUACACCCCUGAAUAUCGCCAUGUUUAUUACGGCGCUCAUACUCCCCUUGGGAAUCGCCGUUAUCAUAACGUUUGCCUUACGUCCCUUGCGUGAACGCUAUCACAACAUCUGGGAGUAUACACAUCGCUUCGUCGGAUGGUUUAUCGUUGCCGAUCUUGUCGCUCAUCUGACACUCAAGGCUCUCGCACUUCCCAACCCACGCGAUCUUUUCCAUACUGCCCUACCCUAUCUCACGAUUGCCUGCGUGAUCUCGAUCUUCUACGUUUGGUUCACCGUUCGGCGUGCGAAGGUUACGAUCAAUGCAAAUCAUAGCGUGGCAAUUGUCAAGUUCCAGGGUCUCCCCACUCUCGACGAUGGGACGUUUGCGCGGAUCAGUCGGAACGGUUUAGAGUGGCAUGCUUUCUCGGUUGCCACGACCGACUUUGAGAAGCGCGAGUUCUCCCUCAUUGUGGGUCGUGCUGGGGAUUGGACUACCAAAUUGAUUCACGACUCGGUCGCGCGUGAAGGCCCAGAGCGCCUCUAUAUUCGAGGAGUCAAUCCACCAGGUUUCAUGCAUAUGCAUCACGCCUAUAAGAAAGUGGUCACCAUUUGUACUGGUGCAGGUAUCGCCCCCGCGCUUCCUCACAUCGCUCAAAAAACUAGCGACAUCUUCUUGGUGUGGAUAGCCAAGAAUCACGAGAAAACAUACGGAAAGGAUGUUUGGGACACUGUCACGUCCAAUUUGCCGUCGGACCAGAUGCUUUUGCAUGAUACUGGUGCUUCAGGGAGACCUGACAUCGCAUCACUUAUUGAGCGAGUCGCCAAACAGCACGAAGCAGAGGCGGUCUUCGUUGUGAGCAAUGACCCGUACACUAUUCUUUGCGCCAACAUCUGCUGGCGUCUUGGCCUUCGCUGCUAUGGUGCAACCCGAGACUCAUAA